GUAAGUUAAGCGCUGGUGAGAUACAAACCGCAACUGCCAAGAAUUAAAAUAAUUCUUUAGUUAUUUAAGUGGCGACCAAAGUGAUCAGGAAGCGUUAUUUGUUUAUAAUUUUAUCUAAAUAUACAUAAAGUAAGCACAACACAAUAUGACUGUUGACGAAAAGGAAUGUGUUAAAGUGAUUAUCAAAGAAGAGCCCAUAAUCAAGGCAAUCGAACUAAAGGAUAUCGGUUUCCUCGAACAGCAACCGGUGAUAGUGAAUUGUCCCGCCUGCGAAGCUGAAGCGUUAAGUAUCGUGCGUUUGGAGGCCGUUACUUGUCUGCAACGAUUUCUCAGCGCUACGAAGUUGUGUAAAAACUGGCAACGCCGCACCGACAUAAAUCAUUAUUGCAGCAAAUGUGGCUGCUACAUUGGCCGUUUUGUGCCGAUCAAUUGCAGCGAACGUUGCUUGUCGCGCAGCGCACGGAAAAUGGCGGCCAACGACAGCAUGUCAUUGAAGACGCCACCGAAGGAUUGUGCGGCGCAAGUGCAAAAGAAGCGUGAAAAAGUGAAAGCGAAGCGUGCGGCAGCAAAAGCAGAGAAAGAAGCGGCUAAAAUACAGGGGGCAACAGUGGUGGAGCAAGCGGAAGCGAAGUGAUAUUCAAAACAGGGAAUUGCUACUGGAGCUGGUUGAGCGAUAGUGUGGGAAAGGAGAACAGAGGAAGAAUUAAAUCCAUUUCCAUAAUGAAUAUUUUUUACUAAAGUUAUUGAGUUAAAAAAAGUAGUAGAGAAUAAUAACGAUAGCAAUGAAAAGUCUUAAUUACCUUUACAUUUUUCAUGCAAAAAGUUUGUGAAAGAGAAGUACUGUUUUACAAAAAGGCAGAACU